AGCAGAUGUGUGUGUGACAGAGAAAGAGUGUGUGUGUCCCACCAGGAAGCAAAAAAACGCUGCACAAACCUUCAUAGAAGCAUUGGCACCCCAAAAAAGCUCAUGUUUGCCUGGCAACAUGUGUGGGAGCCGUGUAAGAAACUCACCUGGACGUUAUGAUGAGGACUUCUCCUUUGUCAACCCCGUGGUCAAAUAUCUGCUCUUCUUUUUUAAUUUCAUUUUCUGGCUCAUCGCCAUGAUCAUGAUAGCUAUCGGGGUGUACGCCCGUGUCGUCAAGCAUGCAGAGACGGCGUUGGCGUGUUUGACAGUGGACCCGGCCGUGAUGCUGCUGGUGAUCGGCGUCCUGAUGUUUAUCAUCACUUUCUGCGGUUGCGUGGGCUCGCUGCGGGAGAAUAUUUGCCUGUUGGAGUUUUUCUGCAUCAGUCUGACGGUCAUCUUUCUGCUUCAGUUGGCUGUUGGGGUGCUGGGAUUUGUCUUCUCCGAUAAGGCCCGUAACAAAGUGACCCAAAUUGUCAACAACGCCAUCGUGCACUACAGAGAUGACAUCGACCUGCAGAACCUCAUCGACUUUGGCCAGAAAGAAUUUGGCUGCUGUGGAGCUGUGACCUACACCGAUUGGUCCAACAACAUGUACUUCAACUGCACUGACAUGAACCCAAGUCGGGAACGCUGCUCGGUCCCUUUCUCCUGUUGCAUCACCACCAAAGACAAGGUGAUAAACACAAUGUGCGGGCAAGGCAUUCAGAUAGUGGAAUACCUUAUAGCCGGCAACAUCAUCUACACCAACGGCUGUAUCGAUAAAGUGGUGGACUGGAUCCAUAGUAACCUCUUCCUGUUGGGAGGCAUCGCACUGGGGCUGGCCAUCCCUCAGCUGGUGGGCAUCCUGCUGUCUCAAAUCCUCAUCAGCCAAAUUAAAGACCAGAUUGAACUGCAGAACUACAACCUCAAACACAGCGCCGAUCCGUGGAGAUGACCAAUCUUGACCUUUUGACCUCUAACUAACUUGUCAUUGUAAAUGUACACUGUUAGAAAAAAACCCACUUAUUUUGGAAGCUAAAACAAUCAUUUACCCAACGACAAACCACAGCGCCAUCUGCUGGAUCUUGCCCCACUUACACGGAUAUACACUGCUGUUCGCACCAUCGCAAAUUAUUUUCUCUACUUUCAUUAGGCUCAUGAUGCAAACUUAUAGAGCAACCACAUUUUUCUGCAUAUGUGUGCAUGUUUUUGUGAAUUUAUUUUAUGUUGGUAUUUAGCAAGUUUAGAGUGGCAAGCAUGUGCACAUUGUGUGUUAUGUUGGCAUCCAUGAUGCUCCAAAAGGGACCUCAAGUUAUUUUUGUAGACUUAAUAGAAAUAAUCUUUAAAUGUUACAUGAGUGUUUUAAAACUUUUUUAAAGUUUGACUGUGUUUAAAAGUUAGCUAUGUGUUACAAAACUGCAAGAAUUCAGUGUUGACAUGACAACAAAAAUGCCUUCUGCAGUGACGGAAAGUCACUAGAAAAUCCUGGAACGUUCUUGACUGAAUAAACUUGUUUCAGAGUACCGA